AUGGAUAGCAAGUGGCAAGUCUGGAAAGAUCUACUAGCAUCAGCCGUUGACGAUAGUAUCCCCAAGGUGGGUGCUAAGAGAAGGCAAAAUGCCCCAUGGAUAACGCGGGAAUUGAUCUUGCUAUGUCGGAAGAAAAGGUCAGCUUAUAAGAAAGCAAAGAGAACUGGUAAGACGCGGGAUCAAAACUACUAUAGUAAACUAAAUAAUAUGGUUAAAAGGAAAUGCAAUAUUGCUCGAUGGGAAUAUAUAAAUAGUUUAGCCGAAAAAAUCUCGAGCAAUGAUGCGAAACCGUUUUGGAGAUAUGUAAAUUCUAAGCGGAAGGGAACAAACAGUCUAAUAUUAUUAAAAACACAGGAUGGAGAGAUUACAAAAGACAGUGAAAUUGCGGAGAGUAUGAAUAAUUAUUUUUCAUCAGUGUUUACCGAGGAAACUUUUGAAAACUUUCUGUCAAUGGUACGAAGGACAAAGGAUAGUUUAACUAAUAUCAAAUGCACCAUUGCGGAAGUUGAAUGUCACCUGAAACAGUUGAAUGUAAACAAAUCUCCCGGUCCAGAUGAUAUUUCUCCACAUGUUUUAAAACAAUGUUGCACACAGCUUGCACCUUCCCUAACAACUAUUUUAAACGAGUCUUUUUCCACUGGUAAACUCCCGUAUGAUUGGAAGAUUGCAAAUAUCGCACCUGUACAUAAACGAAAGUCGAAAUCUAUGAAAGAAAAUUAUCGUCAAAUCUCUCUAACGUCAGUCAUUUCAAAAGUCGCCGAGAAGAUCGUUCAAAACAGAUGUGUAAAAUUCUGGCUAGAUCGACAUAUUUUUUGUGAACAUCAAUUCGGUUUCCAAGCAAAUAAAUCUACACUAUCCCAACUGCUUCUAUGUUUCAAUGACUGGGCUAGAGACGAAGCUACUCCCACUGAUGUUGUAAUUAUGGAUUUUUGUAAAGCUUUUGACAGUGUGCCACAUGAGCGCUUACUAUACAAAUUGAAACAACACGGUAUCGGUGGAGCACUGCUCGAUUGGUUUAGAUACUUUCUCACGGACCGCUAUCAGCGUGUUAUUGUACAUGGCUCGCAAUCAAACUGGUCCCCAGUUAAAUCAGGGGUACCCCAGGGAACAAUCUUAGGUCCAAUAUUGUUCCUCAUUUAUAUAAACGACCUACCCUCGGAAAUCCAAAGCUCGAUUAAGCUCUUCGCAGAUGGCACAAAAAUUUACUGA